GCCGUCCGUCUCUGGCUUUCCGCGCCGGCGGCGGCCCCCUCCUAUUCUUCUGUUGGUCCAGCUACAAAAGAGUCGCCGCUGCCCACCACAUCUCAAGCAAACCUGACGACCGUCUCUUUUGCCCAUUGUUGAGUAGGAAGCUGGUGCUGCACAUCAUCUGCUUGUUGUAAUGCCCUGCCCAUGUUCUUGGUAGAAUUCAACAAAGGGCCUGCUUAAACCUUCGUCACUUUUCUAUUUUCCUUCCUCUCGUUGGUCGUCAAGGCCGGGCCGGAGGAGGUGCAUGUCUGGGGCGGCGGAGAAGAGGAGCUGACGCCUGAACAUGGCUGCCCUGAAUCGAGGUCUACUUUUACUCCCUGGCCUCCUCUAACUUGUUUUGCAGCUAUACAGAGUCCAGUCCACCAUGGUCUCAACCAAACAUUCACCGUUUGUUUGCUCCUCUCGUCUUGCAUCGAGCUAACGUGGAGGGAGCUGUUGUUGCACAUCACGUGUUUGUUCUCAUGCCCUGCCCAUGUUCUUGGUCAAAACCAAGGAUGGUUGCUUAACGACGUCCUAUACUUCCUGUUAACAUUGGCCCCUUGUGUCAUUCCCACGACCAGUUUGCUUCCCUAGGCCAAAAGAUCACGUGUUUGUUCUCACCAGAGGAUGUUUACUCCCUCUGGUGUUGUCGCUGCACAUCACGUGUUUGUUUUAAUGCCCUGCCCUUGUUCUUGGUAAAAAAAAAAAGGAUGUCUAGUUGCUUAACAAUGUCUAGUACUUCUUGCUAAGUGUUUACGUUUGUUUGGUCAAGAGAAGGAAUACAGAAUGCAUGUCUGAAUCCCACUUCUGUAGACCUCUGUCUAUAUAACUGAAAGAGUUCAGCAGAGUCGUUUGGCCGGGUCACUCUUGACCGAUCUGCAGAAAACUGAACCGAAAACUGGUCUUGGGUUGGCAGUAGCACAGCGACAGCCUAGCAAAAUAUCAAGUGCUGAUGGAUCAACUUCAUGGACCAGUCUUUGCACGCCUUCCUCUUCCCCUGUCCUUGUCAAAUUCACCCUGUCAUUUCUCAUCCACGUAUUGUUCUACCACUGAAGAAUGGUCUGUGACGCAGAUUACAGUCAAGUCAACACCAAGUCAAGUAAUGGCCCCGAAAAAGACAGCACCAAGCUAAUAUGUAAUCUUUCUAGGUUGAACAAGCUUUCUCGGCUUCGGUUAAGAGAUUGAUGGGAGAUAGACUGAAUCCCUCUUCUGUGGACCUCUAUAUAACCGAAAGAGUUCAGUAGAGUUGUGUGGCCGGGUCGCUCUUGACCAGUCUACAGUAAACGUGUAGCAGACUUUCAACUGAACCGAAAACUGCUCUCGGUUUUGCGUAGCAGCAUAACCUAUAGCAAAUAGCAAGUGCUGAUAAAUCAACUUGAUGGACCAGUCUUUGCACACCUUUUUCUUUCCCUGUCUUUGUCAAAGUUACCGUGUCAUUUCUCAGCCACUUAUUGUUCUGCCACCGAGGAGUCUUGGUCUGUGACAGAGAUUACAGUCAAGUCAACACCAAGUCAAGGAUCCCAGAGAAAAAGACAGCACCAAGCCAACUAGUCAAGUGUCCAAGCCUACUUUGGGAGACACAUAUAACUCAGGGAAUUUGGACAAGAUGCACUGCAUUAGACAUGGCACCUGCAACAACUCUCUGCUCUCUUUCUCCACAUGGCAUCCUAUUUCUCUUCACCAAUCUUCUUAUCUUAAUGUCGUCCAGCGGCGUCGCAAAAUCCGUCAGCAACGAAUCGGAGAUCGACCUGCAGGCCCUCCUCUCCUUCAAGUCCAGCAUCUCCAGCGAUCCCCACAGUGUCUUGGGAUCAUGGAACACCUCGAUCAGCUUCUGCAGAUGGCCAGGGGUCGCUUGCGGUACAACUCGUCCGUUUCGUGUGGUCUUACUCGACUUAAGCUCUGCACAACUUCGUGGUAAGUUAUCUCCUUGGAUAGCUAACCUUACAUCACUAGAAUAGGUAGACCUUUCAGAAAAUCAUUUCUUUGGGGGCAUCCCUGAGGAGAUAGGCACACUUCAACACCUACAAUCUCUGAAACUUGGAAAGAACAAUCUUGUAGGUAUAAUUCCUAGAUCAUUAGGCACUAGCAGAUCACUUAGAGAGGUCAGUCUUGCACAAAACAAUCUUGUUGGCCAUAUUCCAGACUUCCAUAAGAUGUCAGCCCUCCAAAUUAUCGAUCUUUCAUCUAACAGACUUUCUGGAAGCAUACCUUCAACACUUGCAAACGCAUCGCACCUCCGCCGGAUUGAUCUUGGAAACAACUCCCUAGUUGGAACAGUCCCAUCUCUAGGAUCCUUAUCUGACUUACACCUACUAAUUCUUCGAAAUAACUUACUAGAGGCUAAAAGUUGGGAAUUCCUUAUCUCUCUCGCAAAUUGUGCGCGGCUACAAAUGUUGGAAAUGAGUGGGAAUAAGCUGAGUGGAAGUGUCCCUAGAUCUGUAGGGAAUAUUUCCACAAGUUUACAACGUAUAAAUCUUGGAAACAAUCAAAUUGUCGGCAGAAUUCCAGUUGAGAUUUUUAACCUUCGAAACCUCCAAAUGCUUGCUAUGGGCCAAAACAUGCUUUCCGGCGUUAUUCCCUCUGUUAUUGGGAACCUAGGCCAGCUGGUUGUCCUAAUCCUAUCAGAGAACAAAUUAUCUGGCCAGAUCCCAUCUACAAUAGGUAAUCUUUCUCGGCUAAACAAGCUUUAUCUAGACAGAAACUACUUGAGUGGGAACAUCCCAAGAACUUUAGGAAAUUACAAGCAACUGGACAUGCUAAAUUUAUCUUUUAACAAUCUUGAAGGACCAAUUCCAAGUGAGCUUACCAAUAGCACUACCCUCGUCACUUUGGAUUUAUCAAACAACUUCCUUACAGGAUCAAUUCCGCUACAAAUCGGUGCAUUGCUUCAACUUCUCCAACUCGAUAUUUCCUUCAACAGAUUGUCUGGCCAAGUUCCACUUUCACUUGGCCAAUGUGUUGAACUAUCUUCUCUCAGAUUGAAAAGUAACAUGCUUAAUGGAAGCAUACCUCAGUCUUUCAGUAACCUGAAGAACGUCGAUCAGAUCUAUCUUUCCCAAAAGUCCCUUGUUGGACAAAUUCCGGAGUUCUUUGCAAACAUGAGUUAUUUGCAGCAACUUGAUCUGUCUAUGAACUACUUUGAAGGGCCGAUUCCAACUGGUGGCAUCUUUCAGAAUCAUAGUGCGGUGGCAUUGGAUGGCAAUGAAGAGCUUUGUGCAAGUGUAACCACCACCUUAUUCCAGUUUCCACUUUGCCCCAUGGCGUCAGCUGUUGAGAGGAAGAAUGCACUCCUAUUGGUGAAAAUAAUUCCUCCCAUUGCUAUUGCCUUGCUCUACUUUAUAUGCUUUGUCUUCACUCUUCUGAAGAGAAGGCAAGCACAAGCAGCUCCAUGCUACAAGGAGACAAUGAAGAAGGUUUCAUAUAGUGACAUUAUUAAAGCUACCAGCUGGCUCUCUCCAGUUAACAAGAUCAGCUCAAGUCGCACAGGUUCGAUCUACAUUGGAAGGUUUGAGUUUGACACGGACCUGGUCGCCAUCAAGUUAUUCCAUCUUGAGGAGAAUGGUGCACGUGCUAGCUUUGUUACCGAGUGUGAGGUGCUGCGAAACACCCGCCAUCGCAAUCUUGUCAAAGCUGUCACCGUAUGCUCGACAGUAGACCUAGAGAACAAUGAAUUCAAAGCUAUAGUUUUUGACUUCAUGGCCAAUGGAAGCCUGGAUAUGUGGGUCCAUCCGAAGCUACACAACAAUAGCCCCAAGAGAGUACUGAGCUUGGGCCAAAGGAUAAGAAUAGCGAUGGACGUCGCGCUGGCUCUGGAUUAUAUGCACAACCAGUUAACGCCUCCUCUAAUCCACUGUGAUUUGAAGCCCGGAAAUGUUCUUCUGGACUAUGAUAUGACCGCAAGGAUUGGUGAUUUUGGGUCAGCGAGGUUUCUCUCUUCAAUCCCUGGUAGUCCAGAAGACUUGGUUGGUGUGGAAGGAACAAUUGGAUACAUCGCACCUGAGUAUUGUAUGGGAUACAAAGUCUCGCCAGGAUGUGAUGUAUAUGCUUUUGGAAUCCUCAUUCUAGAAAUGCUCACCGGAAGGCGACCGACGGAUGCAAUAUUCACAGAUGGCCUGAGCCUGCACAAGCUUGUGAGCUCAGCAUUUCCAGGUAGACUUGGAGAGGUUUUAGAUCCCCAUUUGUCUCACGGUCACACACAUCCGUGUGACAGAGUGUUUAUGCGGAGAUAUAUGGUACCCUUGGUUGAAGUUGGCCUCCUGUGUUCUAUGGAAUUGCCUGAAGAUCGUCCGGGAAUGGGAGAAGUCUGUGCCAGAAUUUUGUCUCUGAAAGAGGCAUUCUUUGAGUUCUGCUGAUUAACUUGCAGAUCUACAAGUUCUUGAAUAAGAGUAUAAGGUGUGAAUAUCUUUGCUGUAAAAAUUGGUUCUACAGACCACAAUUUAGUGUGGGAAAGCCAUGAGAACUCUAGUUAUCAAAAUACUGAAUUCCUAGAAAGAGUACAUGUUCAGUAUUGGAGCUCCCUAUGUUGGA